GAAGCCCCAUACGUCAGCACAAAUCUACCGUUGAUACUAACAAAACACUAAGAUCAAUCACUUUCCAGUCACAAUCACCUUCAAUCAAUUCGAAGCUCGCUCGUGAAACAGAGACGACAAUUUUCUGCCAAUCUACAUACCUCCAUCGAUCAAUUUGAAUGCGAUCUCUCGGAAAUCCUACCUUUUCAUUAUCCCUCUGUUUAAUUUUUCUCUAUUUAGGGUUUUGAGUUUGAUCUCGGCUGUUAUUACAAUUGCAAGAGCUCGCCGGUUUAACUUUUGGAUGGUUGUAGGAUAUAUAAAGUGGUACUCAUUUGAGUAAUGGGAAGCAGUGAGAUGGAUAAAUCCAUCAAGGAGGCAAAAGACACAACAAAGGAGCCAAAGACAACGAAUUCCCAAGAGCAGGCUUCAGGUGCUGCCACGGGUACAGUCAAUCCAGAUUGGACUGGGUUUCAGCCUUAUCCUCCUAUGCCUCCACACGGGUUCUUGGCGUCAAGUCCUCAAGCUCACCCCUACAUGUGGGGGGUUCAGCAUCUUAUGCCACCUUAUGGUACUCCACCUCAUCCAUAUGUUGCUAUGUAUCCCCAUGGUGGCAUAUAUACUCAUCCAUCUAUGCCUCCGGGAUCAUACCCUUUCAAUCCAUAUGCAAUGCCUCCAAAUGGGGUUACGGAGGCUUCGGGUAAUACUCCUGGCAAUGUGGAAGUCGAUGGUAAGUCAUCGGAUGGGAAGGAAAAACUUCCAAUUAAAAGGUCAAAGGGAAGCCUGGGCAGUUUAAAUAUGAUUACAGGCAAGAACAAUGAACCGAGUAAAGCAGGUGCAUCUGCCAAUGGAGUUUAUCCUAAAAGUGCUGAGAGUGGAAGUGACGGUUCAAGCGAAGGAAGUGAUGGGAAUUCCGAAAAUGAUUCACAAAUGAAAUCAGGAUCCAGGCAAGAUUCUAUUGAAGUUACAGGGGAAGCUUCUCAAAAUGGAAACUCUGCACAUGGUUCUCAGAAUGGAGGACCAAAUGCACCUCAUUCAGUGGUCAACCAAACAAUGCCGGUCAUGCCAGUGUCGCCAAGUGGUGGGCCCGGAAGUAUUCCUGGUCCCACCACCAACUUGAAUAUUGGUAUGGAUUACUGGAGUGGUACAAAUUCAUCCAAUAUUCCUGCAAUCCGUGGGAAGGUAACUUCAGCUCCAGUUGCAGGGGGGAUGGUUACUGCUGGGUCAAGGGACAGCAUGCAGUCACAGCUCUGGCUACAGCAGGAUGAAAGGGAGCUAAAACGACAGAGAAGGAAGCAAUCCAAUAGGGAAUCUGCUCGUAGAUCCAGACUGCGCAAGCAGGCGGAAUGUGAUGAGCUGGCCCAACGGGCUGAAGUUUUGAAGGAAGAGAAUUCUUCUCUUAGAGCAGAAGUGAGUCGCAUUAGGAGCGAGUAUGAUCAGCUUCUUGCUCAAAAUGCAUCCCUCAAGGAACGACUAGGGGAAACUCCUGGGCGAGAAGAAGUAACGUCUAGUGGUAUUGAACAACAAAAGGGACCCAAAGGUCAUCAAGAUGGGCAGACAGAACAACUUGUGCAGAGUCGUGAAUGAAGUUCCGGCUGUCCGGUGUCUUCAGAGAGCUUAACCUAACGACAAUUAGCAAACAAGAAAAAAAUGUGUUUUUACAUAGUAGUAUCAAUCAGCAUCUAGUCGGGAAUUCAUUAAAGGCUGACCUUCUCAGCGUGUCGUAGAAUAACUAUCAAAUUAAUUGUCGUCAUCCAUUGUUCUCGAUCGGCCUAUCUUUUACGGCCCAAAGAACCCGGAUGAUUUGUAGACUGUAGUGUGAAAAUUCAUGCCAUACCCUUGUAUUCCUAAAAAGGGUGCUGGUCUCUAAUUAUUUCAACAUUUUAUGUACUAAAUAUGGUUGAUAAAUGUGAUUGUGGUUUGUUAAGUUGUUCUUUUA